GGCCACUGACACUCGUGGACGCUCGCGGAAUCUGGUGAAGACCUUGCUGGAAUCAGCGGCGCCCACGGGCGAUUUGGGCUUCAAUGUGGAGGUAAAUAUCCCGGUGGACACUGACACCUUGGCAGUCAUUCAACUGCAAAGGCCUACAAUGCAUGUUCUUCCACAAUUGGUGAUGGAUCUCGUGACUGUCGGAUUGUCAUCUUGGCAGCAUUGCACUUUCCGCAAUGACCGUGUCCAGGUGAUGUUGGCACCACCCGAGCCUCAAAGGGGUUAUCCAGCACCUCCCAGCAAGCCGCCAGUGGAUGAGCGCGGCACCCGCGUCCAGGUGAACUUUUUGGAUGGUUGCUUUCGCAUUGCCGAGAGGUGGGCUGAGCCGAGCGAGCACUUCGAGUUUGCCGGCAGCGUGAUGAUCCAUAUCAUCGUGCAUGCAGAGGGCAUUCGAAUUGAGCGCUUUGAUCUCGAGAGGGGUGCGCUGCGGCUGCAUUCCUCCAGGCGAAAUCCAACCACCUUGUGUCCAUGUCUGGAGUGGUUGGUCCGCGGCGACCAGAAGCGUGUGGACGACGGGCACCGCCGGAAGCGACACACCACCUACGAGCUGCGUUCGGUCAUCGUCCCGCCGUAUUCCAUUCGGAUGUCCGCCCGAGACCACCGUGCGAUGGCCAAUGCCUUGCUGGAGCUUUUGACCAUGGAUGCGGAGUCCGCGGAGCCGCCGUCGGAGAUCCGCAGUCGCGACCCCUUGGCGCUGCAACUGGUCGAGAAUCGGCUCACCUUGAUCGCGGAAGUGGCCCUUGAGGGAGCUGAGGUGCAAGUGAUGGGUGAGGAAGGCGGACAUGAAUGGCCCGGAAUUUGUGGCAACGCUCGGUGUCAAUUGCUGGAGGUGACGGUGGACAGUCGUCAAGGUUCCACACCAACGGUGAACAUCUUUGGCCGCGAACUGGAGUUAGACAUCAGUUCUAGAAACCACAGGCUGGGCACCUGGGAGCCAGUGCUUCCACGCUGCGGUCUUCGCUUUUCCUACCACAUGCAGCGGAAACCUGAUGGUGGUCCUCGUGAUGUAUUCAUCCGAGGAGAUGUCUCUUCUAUCAAGCCGGUGCAGCUUGUGAUCAGCGCCCCCUUUGUGCAUUUGGCCAGCCGAGUCUUUAAUGACAGCUCUGAGAACAUGCACUAUGGAUACCUGUUCGCAGGUGUGAACAUCUCGGGCAUCGCAUGCCAUGUGAGCGUGGAAGAGGGUGCCGAGGGGUUGGUUCUUCCACCAUCAUCGCAGGCCGUGCCAUUGGAUAGCUUGCUGACCGGAAGAGGGCGAGCCUCGACCGGCUCCACGCCGUGCCUAUUUCUUCGCCUGCUUGAUUCUCCAGACGCUGAGCCCUGCAGGAUUGAGUACGGGCGGGAGGCCGAUGUGACGUGGGAUACCAAGAAGGAAGGAUUCUUGAUGUGCCGUCUUGUCAUGCCAAGACCGCCUCAGUUGGUGCUGCUGAUCACGUCGACGGUUUGCGUCUUGAAUCGAACCCCAGCUGAUUUGGAGAUUCGCUUCUUGGCGCCCAGCGCCGCCUCGAGGGAGGCCUUGCAGCCCGUGACCGCAGGAUCCACACGUCUCAGCAUUGAUGCGCGAUUGCUCAGCGAGGGCGUCGCAGCCCCAACAGCCACCGAGAUGGCCGAGCCGCUGGCGGAGGCUGAAAAGCCUGCGAGCCCCGAGGGCACCUUGCUUUUAGGUGCAGGACAGUUGCUCUCCGCGCCGCCCAAAGCACAGCUACGGAUGGGGCAGGCUGUCCUACAGCUGCGCCCAGCGCUGACUGAUGGAGGUGUCACAUACACUUGGUCGGAGCAGUUCUUUGCAGUACCAGUGGCCAAUCCGAACUCCAGCGAUGUGACGGUCUGUGCCUCUCCGCCCGCCGACAUGCAGGAGGUGUUGCCGAAGAACUGGCUCUAUUUGAGAACCAGUUGUGGAACCAAUCCUCAGCAGGGCUGGAGCCACGUGGAGGUGCAGGCUCCGUUCACGGUGGUCAAUGCACUCCCAUGCGAUAUACUUUGCCAGUUCAACCCACGAGUGAAUCGAAGAAAGAUGGGCAAGGAGAGGGAACGACUGCCGGUUGAGUGUGGAAGCAACGUUGAUUUGGCGGUGGACAAUGGCUUCGGGGGCGAGGUAGUGGUACCCACAAAUGGCCAAGCGGAAGUGAUGCCAAUCAGAUUGGAUGAGGAAGGUUGCUUCAGGUGGGUUUGCAAUGGCAAAGGAGGGCGCACCAGACCGCGUUGGCAAAAUCUCAACUCGCUCAUCGUCGUGGUGAAUGCAAAGCGGGGAGAAGUGGAAUGGCAUUGCGUGGAAGCCAGCAUGGGCACGCGCAGUGAUGCGCCGCAGCUGCGAAUUGCGCCACAGAGUUUGCUCCCAUGCUUCGAGUGUGUGGCGGAGGACCUCUCAGUGUCCUUCGCAGUUCGUGACACACAAGGGCACGCGAGUUCAUGGUCCCUACCUCUUCCAGCUGUGUCGGGUCGGGGGUCCAGCGAAACGGUGCAGCUUGACUUCAGAGGCAUGUACAUCAACUUGAACGCCAUGCGUAGUGGAAGGGAGCUCAUCGUCUACACACGCUGGUGGUUUGUCAAUUCCACAGGUUUGAGUGAUUUGCGGCUUCAGCAGCCGGGUGGACCAGGGCCUUUGCAUCCAGUGGCAUCAUUCAGCAGCAAGGUGUCCAUCCUGCCGGAGAUUCAGAACGAUGCGGGCGAUGGCGUCGCAUACCUCUCCUUGCGAUCACAUGCACCUUUGGAGGUCAUCGUUCCAGAUGUGCGCACCCUACGCCAUCAUACCUCCGCUGAUGACAUGGCAUUACAGUUUUGAGAAUUCGGGUGACCAAGAGGAAGGGCG